AUGAUAAACUCUUCAUAUGUUUUGUAUUUUACACUUGCUGCUUACUUUGACAUUGAGUUGUUUAAAUUUUUAUAUUUCUUCCUCAUUUUGUCUUUGUAUGUUUUCAUAGUUUGUGCCAAUCUUUUACUGAUUGUGGUUAUCUGUAUCAACAGGAGCUUACAUGAACCUAUGUACCUUUUUCUGUGCAGCCUGUUUGUAAAUGAACUGUAUGGUAGUACAGGGUUGUUUCCAUUCCUUCUGGUUCAGAUCCUCUCUGACAUUCACACUGUUUCUGCUCCCUUCUGUUUCCUGCAGAUGUUCUGUGUGUAUACUUAUGGCAGUGUAGAGUUUAUUAACUUAGCACUCAUGUCUUAUGACAGAUACCUUGCUAUCUGUUAUCCUCUGCAAUAUCACGUACAUAUGACAUCUAAUAAGGUCGUUGUGCUUAUUGCUGUAACAUGGUCUCUUCCUUUUUUUGCUGUUUUUGUCACAACAUUAUUGAGUGUCUCCUUACAGCUGUGUGGGAACAUCAUUAAUAGUGUUUACUGUGACAACUAUUCCAUCAUAAAAUUGGCCUGCUAUGACACAAGAGUUAAUAAUGUGUAUGAACUCGUUGCUGCUUCUCUAAUAGUCUGUGUUCCUGUAUCUGUAAUCUUUUACACUUACAUUAAGAUCCUUAAAGUGUGUUUUUCUGGUUCUAAACAGACCAGAAAGAAAUCUGUCAGUACCUGCACACCUCACCUCGCUUCUCUGAUUAACUUUUCUUUUGGGGUUUCCUUUGAAAUAUUACAGAGCAGGUUUGAUAUGAGCAGUGUACCCAACAUGUUACGAAUAUUGUUGUCAUUGUAUUUUCUGACGUGCCAACCGAUCUUUAACCCUGUAAUUUACGGCCUCAACAUGUCCAAAAUACGCAUCAUGUGUCAAAGUCUGUUUUCAAAUUCUGUGUUGGGAGGUUGCUGCCACGCCCACUCCUGUGGCUUCCUGUCUUUUAAGCCUUUCCGCUUGGGCUCCACCUUCAGCCUCCCAACCGUCCUCUAG